UUAGCGUAAUUAGUCAAAAUGGCGCUUGCCGAUGUUUGCGGAUUCCGUGAUUCUUCACUUCAAACCAAAAUUUUCGGAGGAACAAGAAGCAUAAAUGCCUCACAGUUAUUUCAAGAUGUAGAGUGUUCCUCACAAAAUUUUUCAAUGCCAUACAACUUUGAUCCAGUGGAAAAUUUACAGCAGUUUCAAGAGAAAGACAGCAAAGUAAAAAUACACUUUGACCAUGGUACAACCACACUUGCCUUCAAGUUUCAACAUGGUGUUGUGGUUGCUGUGGAUUCAAGGGCAACAGCUGGACCAUAUAUUGCAUCCCAGACAGUAAAGAAGGUGAUAGAGAUCAACCCGUAUUUGCUGGGUACGAUGGCAGGUGGUGCUGCAGAUUGUUCAUACUGGGAGAGAGUGCUGGCUAAACAAUGCAGAAUCUACGAGCUUAGGAACAAGGAGAGAAUAUCUGUGGCUGCAGCAUCCAAACUUUUAGCCAACAUGGUUUAUAACUAUAAAGGAAUGGGUCUUUCUAUGGGAACAAUGAUAGCAGGAUGGGACAAAAAGGGUCCAGGGUUGUAUUAUGUGGACAGCGAUGGUGAAAGACUUACCAACAACCUGUUCUCUGUGGGAUCAGGGUCAGUAUAUGCCUAUGGUGUGUUGGACAGCGGCUACAAGUGGGACCUGUCUGUAAAGGAAGCGUUAGAUCUGGGUCAGCGUGCAAUCUAUCAUGCUACAUUCAGAGAUGCGUACAGUGGUGGUGUUGUCAAUUUGUACCAUAUGAAGGAGACUGGUUGGGAAUUUAUAUCUAGAACAGACACUGCAGAGCUGCAUUAUAAAUUACAAGAUGAGAAAAAGAAGUAGAACAAUUCCAGUUAUUUAAAAAGAAUAUUUGUGAUAGUUGAAUUCUGAAAGUGCUACCUGUG